AUGGCCAAAGAAUCACUUAUCAAACAGAAAGGUCGGGUAAAGGCCAGGUUAACUUCGUUCGGAAAUUUUCUUACGUCAUUAGAAGAUAACCCAAAAAAGCAAGCUGAGUUGCCGAGCCGUAUAGAAAAAACUGAAGGUUUUUGGACAGAGUUUGGACUAAUCCAAGACAAAAUAGAAGAAAUUGAUGAUUCUGAUGAACAAUUGCAACAGCGUGAUUUGUUUGAAGACUCGUUUCAUCAAUUAAUUAGCAAAGCUCGCCAACUCACUGCGAGGGAGCACGUGAGUCAAUUUCAAAAUUUAAAUAACACUCCGCAACCCGGUGUCACACCGCCUAUAGUAUUAAAUGAACGUGUUGUGAAUAAGCCUUUAGUGAAACUACCAAGCAUUGAUUCACCAAAAUUUGAUGGUAACUACGAACGCUGGAUUCCCUUCCGGGAUUUAUUUGAUUCUCUUAUAGCAUCAAAUAUAACUCUGUCUCCAGUGCAGAAAUUGCAUUAUUUGAGAGUAUCGUUAACUGGGGAGGCAGCAAAAGUAAUAAAUUCAAUAGAGCUCACUAAUGACAAUUACGAAGUGGCUUGGCAAUUGUUAAAACAAAGAUAUGAAAACAAAAAGUUGAUUGUACAGUACUUGAUCCAGGCACUUUUUGAUUUACCAUCGAUUAAUAGAGAAUUUUACAGUGACUUAAGAUUAUUGGCAGAUAAUAUUUCACAACACGUUCAAGCGCUAAUGAAAUUAGAUCAGCCUGUCAUGGAAUGGGCCACCUUAAUAAUUCACGUUAUCAUGCCUUAA